AUGCCGGUCAAGAGCGGCGCGAGCUUCCGGCUCUCCGCGCUGCCGGUGGUGCUCAUGGCGCAGCUGCUCGCCGCUGCCGUGUUCACUCUCACGCUCGUCUGGGUGCUGCACUUCCGGGGCGGCGUCUCCUGGGAGAUGAGCUCCAACCCGCAGCUGGUUUACACGGCACACCCUCUCUUCAUGGUCAUCGGCCUUGUCAUCUGCACCGGAGAAGCGGUGAUGGCGUACAGGAUCGUCCUGGGCCCACGGGCGGCCAAGAAGGCGGUGCACCUGCUGCUGCAUCUGCUCUCCCUGGGCUUUGCCGCCGUCGGACUGUACGCCGCCGUCAAGUUCCACAAUGACGCCGGCCUCGCCCACAUCCGCUCGCUACAUGCUUGGCUGGGGAUAGCCACCAUAGGCCUCUACGCCCUCCAGUGGCUCGUGGCAUUCGUGUACUUCGUAUUCCCUGGGGCUAUGAUGACGAUGAGGGCAGACUAUGCGCCAUGGCACAUCUUCUUCGGCAUCGUCAUCUUCCUCAUGGCCAUCUGCACCGCCGAGACAGGCCUUGUGAGGUUCAUUUUCCCUGGCAACUACCCGAGCGAGGCUUUCGUGGUCAACUUCAAUGGGAUCGCCAUAUUCAUGUUUGGCGUGGCCGUUGUCCUAGCUGUCAUACUUCCAUCUAGAUACUAG